CCUGGGAGCAGUCUGCCACCGCCCGGCGCGCCCUUCCCAUCUUUCCACCAACCCGCCCACAAUCUCGCCAGCUUGGCUGGCAUCAGUCAAUCGUCCCCGAGACAACCCGUUCCACACUCGCAAGGUCCACCUCCGAAUGACAACUUCUCAUUACCCGGCAUCACUCAAGCGACGGGUCAAUCAGAUCGUGAACGCGAAAGAGCUCGGGAGGCGGAACAAUAUACCCACAUCAAGGAAGAGGAAGGCCGAAGGAAUCGCGAGCGUAUGGAACAAGCUCCACAACAUCAAUCACAACCUGGCCCUCCUCCACAUUUGCAUCAACCAGUCGCGCUGGGUCCGCGAACUGUGCACGGUCCAAACGGCCUUUUGAGUAAUCCGGGUCUUGGAGGUCAGCCGCAGCAUCCACAUCUUCCUCUUGGAGCGCCUUCAGGACCUGCAAACAUCUUCGCCGGAGGUCCCGUACAGCCAAAUCAGGGACAGCAGAUGCCAGGCUUGUUGGGUCCGUAUGGUGCGCCUGCUCAAGGGACUCCCCAGCAUCCGCAAGAACAACACACUCCUCAACAGCAGACUCCUCAGGGAGGCCCACAAGCACAAGGCCAAGGCCCAGGCCAGCAACCGAUUCUGAAUGACGCGCUCAGCUAUCUGGAUCAAGUCAAAGUCCAAUUCGCAGAUCAUCCCGAUGUCUACAAUCGCUUCCUCGACAUCAUGAAAGACUUCAAAUCUGGCGCCAUCGACACACCUGGGGUCAUCGGUAGAGUUAGCACUCUCUUCGCAGGUAAUCCGCAGCUUAUCCAGGGAUUUAACACGUUCCUUCCACCCGGCUAUCGCAUAGAGUGCGGCGCCGAUGAUGAUCCGAACGCGAUCAGAGUCACCACACCAAUGGGUACAACAGUAUCCUCACUACCACAGCCUCGUCCUCUGAGUCAACAAGGACUACCAGAGAGCUCUCGGCCCGCCAAUGGCACCUUCACACCGCAACCCGGCGGUCAAGGCGCGCAGAUGAUGUUCAGUCCAAGUGGACGACCACUCGGACCCGUCGCACCAAAUCAACCUCAGCAUCUCUCACCACUAGAAGCAACACGACAACAGCAAGAACAGCAGGCAAUGCAUCAACAAGAGCAGCGUGGUGUCAAUUCGCUCCAAAGUGCCGUGUCAGCAGCUGCGGGUGGGGCCGGUCUUCGCGCCGGCGUAUCUCCGCGCGCAACGCCGAUGCCUGAUCAGGACGCAAGUGCGAUGAUUGACGCUUCUCAAGCUGGCAUGGAAAAGCGUGGACCUGUCGAGUUCAACCACGCCAUCAGUUAUGUGAACAAAAUCAAGAAUCGCUUUUCGGCGCAUCCAGACAUUUACAAACAAUUCCUCGAGAUCCUUCAAACCUACCAACGCGAAUCGAAACCGAUCCAAGACGUGUACGGCCAGGUGACUCACCUGUUCAAGACCGCUCCGGACUUGCUGGAAGAUUUCAAACAGUUUCUGCCAGAGUCAGCAGCACAGGCCAAAGCUGCGGAGCGUGCACGACAAGAGGCGGAGAACAACGUGCUCAUCUCGAAUGUGAGAGGUGAAGGCGGUGGAGGAGGAAUAUACGGCAGCCCUGUCAUGUCGCGUGAGGCACACAUGGGCACACCAGGUGGGACUGGGCGAGGCCUGCCGCCGGUUGGCAACUUCGCACCAACGCCAGCAUCCAAGGACAACAAGCGGAAGCGCGAUCAGCGACAAGGCACCGCGGGUAGCAUUCCCGAUGGCGUCGCUGGACCAGCUGCCAACAAAGCUCAAUUUCCUGGGCAACCCGGCAAACGCGCCAAACCGAAUCACACUGUCGCAAAGGGCCCGAUCGAGCCACCACCAUCGUCACCGACCCUCAUUCCCGCCCUCCCCGCACCGAUCGAGCCGACCACCACUUCCGCCGCGACGAGUGAAGAGCUAAGUUUCUUUGACAAGGCGAAAAAGGCGAUUGGGAAUAAGAACACGAUGAAUGAGUUUUUGAAGCUCUGCAAUCUGUUUAGUCAAGACUUGAUUGAUCGCACGGUGCUCGUUCACCGCGCGCGAUUCUUCAUCGGUGCUAAUGCGGACCUGAUGAAGUGGUUUCAAGAGUGGGUUGGAUACGAUGAGCGGGAUAUCGUGGUGGAGAACAAGCCUCGCGUGCCAUCUGGUAGAGUCAUGCUCAGCAACUGCAGAGGUCUUGGCCCGAGCUACCGCCUGCUACCCAAGCGCGAGCGUCAGAAGCCAUGCAGUGGUCGCGAUGAGCUGUGCAACUCUGUGCUGAACGAUGAGUGGGCGUCGCAUCCGACGUGGGCGUCAGAGGAUAGUGGCUUCAUCGCUCACCGCAAGAACCUCCACGAGGAAGGCCUGCACCGCAUUGAGGAGGAGCGUCACGAUUAUGACUUCAACAUUGAGACUUGUAGCCGCACGAUCCAGCUCAUGGAGCCGAUUGCGACACAGCUCCGCCGUAUGGACGACCACAGCCAGAGGACAUACACACUGCCACCUGGUCUUGGAGGUCAAAGCGAGACCAUCUACAAGCGCGUCAUCAUGAAGCUGUAUGCUCGUGAGCGUGGAGCAGAGGUCAUCCAAUCACUUCACGAGCGACCUUACCAGGUCAUCCCGGUCCUGCUCAACCGCCUCAAGGAGAGACUGGAGUCGUGGAAAAUGGCACAGCGCGAGUGGGAGAAGGUCUGGCGCGAGCAGACGCAGAAGAUGUUCUGGAAGUCACUCGACCACCAAGCCGCCAGUGCGAAGCAGAAUGACCGUAGGCAAUUCCAGCUCAAGACACUUCAAGGCGAGAUCCAGGUCCGCUACGAGGAGAUGAAGCGCGCGGGCAAUGCCAACCCGGCACUCUUGCGACAACCGCAAAUGGAGUUCACCGUUGACGACAUCGACGUUCUCUACGACACCACCUAUCUGGUGCUCAGUCAUGUGGAGGCGACGUUGGCGACAGAUCAACCCAAGCUGUUCAACUUCAUUCGCGACUUUGUGCCGCUCUUCUUCGGUCUCGAUGCGGAGAACUUCAGAGACAAGAUGCAUGGAAGGUUUGAUCGAUCGCCAAACAGUGAGAUGGUCGACGAUGAGGCAUCUGGCGCUGAGGAUUCAGCGUCGAUGAAGUCGCGCAAGACCGGACCGAAGAACAGCAUGUUGCGCGCGGCUCUCACUGGGCGAAAGAUGCAGCGCAAGGAUCGCGAGGAUAGUAAUGCCUCUGGAAGCCGUGCAUCAACUCCUGAUGUUGGAUCGAACGCAGACGAGGAGCCAUCUGUCGACGCCACCAUGGAUGAUGCGGAAGAACGAGGAGAGCUGGCAACCGGACGCUGGAUGGAUCAUCCUACCACCAACAAUGACGACAAGAAGACCAGGCCAAACGUCAACCCUCACGAACCGCAAGUGCGCACGCUCUACCGCUGCUGGGCUAACACCCCGAUUUACUGCUUCGUCCGACUGUUUGUCAUGCUCUACGAGCGACUGUACAAGCUCAAGAUUUCCGAAGCUGGCGUGCGUGAGGCCGUUAAGAAGGCCAAUCGCGUCAAGCCAGCUGUGGAGCUUGGUAUCAUUGACAAGCUGCCGGGUGACUUCUUCCCAGACGUUAGCGAGGGCGCAAACUACUACAAUCAAAUGCUGCAGAAGUUUGACGAGGUCGUCAAGGGCGAGCUGGAGUUUGUGGAGGUCGAAGAGGCUCUUCGUCGCUUCUACCUUCAAUCAGGGUACCCGCUCUACCCCUUCGAGAAGAUUGUCAACACUCUCGCCCGCGAUGCUAUCAUGGUCAUGAACAGCGACAGCAAGGACAAGUCUGCAGAAGUCUACGCGCUGUUCAGGAAAGACCGACAGAAGGAGACGUCGACCGCUCAACAACAGACUGACUACCGCAAGUCUGUCGAGAAGAUGGUCAAAGACGCCGAGCUGUACCGCAUUGACUUUGACGGUCUCGCCAACAAAGUUCUCAUCUCCCUUCACAAGAAAGACGACCCCAUCGCUGAUGACGGCCUUUCCGUCCUCGAUCGCGAGAACAAAUGGCGUUACUACGUCGCCUCCUACACUUCCGUCGACAACACUGACGGCAUCAACUUCAACCACGUCCACUAUCCCUUCCGCAUGUCCAACAUU